CGUGUCGGUUUAUAUACAGCUUGAAGCAAUAGUUUCAUCAGUGGUGACAUCUUAAUUCUUUUUCUCUUCCGGUGGGAUCAAGUCUCCACGUGACCAGAAACGAAAAUGAAAGAAACAUGAGAGACGCCAUCACGGGACAUUUAACUGAACAGUGGGCGUUUAAAACUGCCUGAUGUGGUCUUCUUGACUGUGUAAAGAGUUAUCAACUCCAGCCCUCCACAAUGAGUCGUCAUGAGAUGAGAGAGGAGGAUGUGGAGGUUUAUCAAAGCCAGAUGCCCACAGAUUCCUCUCCAGAACGGAGCUGUGCGUCAGCGAGGAGUGAUCAGUCCAUGAGACAGCCGCCUGUAUUCAGUGAUGGAGCAGUUACCUCUGACCCCAGCAUCAACAGGUUGAAGAGAUCCAGAACAUCAUCUCCAGGCCCCAGGGGUGUGUCGUUGAAGAGUCAUCAGUCAAUGUUGGACCCAAUAGAAUUCAGGGAUGGAGCAGUGAACUGUGACUCCAGGUUGAAGAGACCUAGAGCGGCAUCUCCAGAACCCAGCUGUGUGUCAGUUCAGUAUGAUCCGUCUGUGAGGCGGUCAUCUGUAUUCAGUGAUGCAGCAGUGCACUCAGACUACAACAGUGAGGAGAUGUGGAACAAGAGAGAAUCAAACCUGCUGGAAGAGACUGAAGACGUACAGCAGGAAUGUCAUGAUGAAUCAGUGGAAGAUGUUCUGCAGAGAGUCAAAGACAAACACAAAAGCAUCAUGAAGAACAAGUAUGAUAAUUUAUUUGAAGGAAUCAAAGCACAAGAGAAUCAAACGCUCCUGAAGAAAAUUUACACACAGCUGUACAUCAUUGAGGGAGAGAGUGAAGGAGUGAAUGAAGAACAUGAGGUUUUACACAUGGAGACAAAGCCCAGAAGAACACAAGACUUACAAGACAUUCCAAUCUACUGCAAUGACAUCUUUAAAGCUCAAUCACAUCAAAGAGACAAAAUCAAGAGUGUUCUUACUAAAGGCAUCGCUGGAAUUGGAAAAACAGUCUCUGUGCACAAGUUCAUUCUGGAUUGGGCCGAGGGAACAGCCAAUCAGGACGUAGAUUUCAUGUUCCUGCUUCCGUUUCGAGAGCUGAACUUGAUUCGAGAGCUUCGCUACAGUCUUCACAAACUUCUGCUGGACUUUCAUCCUGAACUUCAAGAUGUGGACUCAAAGAUUUAUGAGGAGUGUAAAGUUGUGUUCAUCUUUGAUGGUCUGGAUGAAAGCAGAAUGACUCUGAUGUUUUCAGACAGUGAGAAAGUUUCUGAUGUGACUGACACUUCAUCAGUGGCUGUGUUGAUGUCAAACCUCAUGAAAGGAGAUCUGCUUCCCUCUGCUCUCAUCUGGAUCACCUCCAGACCAGCAGCAGCCAAUCAGAUCCCCUCCAAAUACAUCACGCGUGUGACAGAAAUCCAGGGAUUCAAUGACGCUCAGAAGGAGGAAUAUUUCAGGAAGAGAAUCAGCGACGAGCAUCAAGCCAGCAGAAUCAUGUCACACAUUAGAAGAGCGAGAAGCCUCCACAUCAUGUGUCACAUACCAGUCUUCUGUUGGAUCUCAUCCACUGUGCUUCAGAAGAUCCUGACACAAGAUCACAGUGAAGAAAUCCCCAAAACUCUGAGUGAAAUGUACAUCCACUUCCUGCUGAUUCAGAUGAAGAUAAAGAAUGAGAAGUAUGAUCCAGAGAGAGAUCCAGAGAUCAACAGAGAAGUGAUUGUGAAACUGGCUGAAGUGGCUUUCAAACAGCUGAUGAAGGGCAAUGUGAUGUUCUAUGAGGAGGAUCUGAGAGAGUGUGGGAUAGACAUCACUGACGCCUCGCUGUAUUCUGGCAUCUGUACUGAGAUCUUUAAGGAGGAAUCUGUCAUUCAUCAGAGGAAGAUCUACAGCUUCAUACAUCUCAGUCUUCAGGAGUUCCUCGCUGCGUUCUACGUAUUUUACUGCCAUGUAAUCAAAAAUGUUGACACGCUGCAGUUUGUUGAUUUAGUUUACAGCUUUCUUAAAAACGCAGUAGCUAAAGCUCUUGAGAGUGAAACUGGUCAUCUGGAUCUUUUCUUGAGAUUUCUGUUGGGCAUCUCACUGGAGUCCAAUCAGAGACUCUUACAGGAUCUACUGACACACACAGUGGACACAUCACAGACCAUCAAGAAAACCACACAGUACAUUAAAGAUCAAAUCAAGGGUAAUGAUGGUCUGUCAGCUGAAAGAUCCAUCAAUCUGUUCUUGUGUCUGUCUGAAGUGAAUGAUCAGACUCUGUACAGAGAGAUUGAGGAGUUUGUGAGAUCAGACAAACACUCAGAGAAGAAACUCUCUGCUGCUCACUGUUCAGCAAUAGCCUACAUGCUUCAGAUGUCAGAGGAGGUGAUGGAUGAGUUUGAUCUGAAGAAAUACAACACAACACAGGAGGGCAGAAGGAGACUCACACCAGCUGUCAACAACUGCACAAGAGCUCUCCUUGCUGAUUGUAAUCUCAAUGACCAAUCCUGUGAAAUCGUCGCUUCAGCUCUUGAAUCAUUAAACUCACCCUUGAGAGAUAUUGAUGUGAGUAACAAUGAUCUUCAGGAUUCAGGAGUGAAGCUGAUCUCUGAUGCUCUCAAGAACACAAACUGUCAUCUACAGAUACUGAGGUUGUCAGGUUGUAUGGUGACAGAUGAAGGAUGUUGUUAUUUGGCUUCAGCUCUGAGUUCAAACCCGUCACACCUGAGAGAACUCGACCUGAGCUACAAUCACCCACAACACUCAACACUUCAGCUGCUCGCUUAUCAAAAUGAUCCAAACUACACACUCAACAAACUCAAGGUGGAUAAUGGGGGAGCGUGCAGACUUGCACCAGGACUGAAAAAAUACUCCUGUCAUCUCACUCUGGAUUCAAACACCGCAGAUUGUCGUCUCGCUCUGUCCCAGGAAAACCGAAUGGUGACGCGUGUGAAAGAGCGUCAGCCGUACCCGGAUCAUCCAGACAGAUUUGAUUACUACGGUAACGUUCUGUGUAAAGAGGCUCUGACUGGACGCUGUUACUGGGAGGCUGAGUGGAGCGGCGUGGUUGAUGUAUCGUUGGUGUAUAAAGGGUUAAAGAGAAAGGGUGACAGCAGUGAGUGUUAUUUUGGAUACAAUGAAAACUCCUGGACUCUUUACUGCACAAACAGCAGUUACUCUGCAAUACACAAUAAGAAAAGCACCGACAUAUCUGCCCCGUUCCCAUCUAAUAGAGUAGGAGUGUAUGUGGACUGUCCGGCCGGCACUCUGUCCUACUACAGCGUCUCUGACACACACACACUCACACACUUACACACAUUCAACACAACAUUCACUCAACCGCUAUAUGCUGGACUUGGUAUUUAUCCGGGUUCCUCUGCGCGGUUGUUUUAGAUUGAGACAUGAAGGAAUUUCAAUGAUUCCUGUCAGUCACUCGGCCAUUACGAAGGGAUAUUGACUUUGUUACAAGGGAACAUGAGGUACAGUAAUAGUCGUGACUGCAGGGCAUUGUUAGGCACGGCGAACACAAAAUUGUAUUAAAAUGUUAGGGGACAUAAAUGUUAUAGAUUUAUAUUUCCAAUGAAAGAUAAAGUAAACACAAAAAAAUUGUAAAAAAAUAUUUUCCAAAAAGCUAUAUUUGCUUUAGUUGUGCAUGGACAUAAGUAGCUUGGUAAUAGAGGUCAUAGCUGUGCCAUACGUGAGUAACUUUUGUUAGCCGCUAGAAUCACUAAAUAAUUUCUACCAAUUUGUAUUGGUAUGCUCAAUUCAAAGUGUGCAAACUCAAGUUUACAUGAAUUAUUUCUUCUUAACCGCGAUGAGAAUGUAGUACAUAACACAUAUUUUUAUAUAUCGCACACUUUUUGGUAUUUUGAUUGUAUGCAACUUUUAUACAUGCUUGGUACUGAAGGGAUAAUGUAAUAUUUUUCUGUUGUUUAGCACUUUAAAUCUACACUCUUGAUUGGUGUAUUGUUAACUUUAGAAAAAAAGAGCAUUGAACCAAUAUUAUAAAUUAUUAAUAUUUAUUUUCAAUGUCCUAGAACUGGGAAAGGUUGUCAGCUGUUGCUUUAAUAUCUUUCCUUGAGUGUUAGAAGUACAAAUGAAGCAAUAAGUAAUGGUACAAUGGACUGUCACAAUGGGAACCUACAGUAGUGGAGUCUGUGACCCUGUUUCCAUCUGAUAUCUAAGGCAGUCAGAUCACGAAUGGUUAGCACUAAAUAAAAAAAACGUGGUUUAAAACUUCA